GUCCCUGCAGAGCCUUCCCAGAGCCGCUCGGAGCCGAAGAUGCCGCUCGGAGCCUUCGGCUGCUGAGGGAGCGACAGCGGGAAGGGCAACUGGGAAUUCAGAUUCGGGAUCUGGAGGCAUCUGUGCCCGGAGCCACGGCCGAUAGAUGGACAAGCCAAGCGACUUCUGACUCCGCAGCGUUUUCCGGGGCAAAAUUCCAUGGCAAUGUAUCCUACAAGGGUGUCCGGUGAGGAGUGCAAUGGGAUCAACAGCAUGGCGGCGGAGAGCGGCCCCGGCACGAGGCUGCGGAACCUGCCGGUGAUGGGGGACGGGCUGGAGAGCUCCCAGAUGUCCACGACGCCGGCCCAGGCCCAGCCCCAGCAGGGCAUCGGCAUCGGCGUCAACCCCCCCCCGCCGGAGACCUCCAACCCCAACAAGCCCAAGCGCCAAACGAACCAGCUGCAGUACCUGCUCAAGGUGGUGCUCAAGACGCUCUGGAAGCACCAGUUCGCGUGGCCCUUCCAGCAGCCCGUGGACGCCGUCAAGCUCAACCUCCCCGAUUAUUACAAGAUCAUUAAAACCCCGAUGGACAUGGGAACAAUAAAGAAGCGCCUGGAGAACAAUUACUACUGGAACGCCCAGGAAUGUAUCCAGGAUUUCAACACCAUGUUUACAAACUGCUACAUCUACAACAAGCCGGGGGACGACAUAGUCUUAAUGGCAGAAGCUCUGGAGAAGCUUUUCCUGCAGAAGAUCUCGGAGAUGAGCCAGGAGGAGACGGAAAUCGUCAUCGCCCAGACCAAGGGCCGGGGCCGCGCGCGGAAGGAAGCAGGUACGGACAGACCCCCAUUCCCAUGGAAUUCCGGGGGGGAAC